AUGAUAAGGCAGCGCGGGGAGCUGAUUGUGACGUUGAGAAAGAACUUGGAGCAGGCUCAGCAGAGGAUGCGGGCAAAUGCAAAUAAGCAUCGCAGGGACGUGGAGUUUGAUGUGGGGGACCGAGUGUUGUUGAAGCUACAGUUAUAUCGACAGCACUCCAUGGCACGUCCGUUAUCUACUAAGUUGGCGAGAUGUUUUUAUGGGCCGUUUGAGAUACUCGAGCGAAUCGGGCAGGUAGCGUACCGUUUAAAGCUGCCAGAGGGUAGUCGGGUUCACGACGUCUUUCAUGUGAACUUGUUGAAACCGUUUGUGGAGAGGGCGUCUGGAGGCACGGCAGCGUUUCCAGCGGCAUUCGCGCAUGGCAGGCCCGUGGUCCAGCCUAGGCGGAUCUUGGAUCGGCGCGUGGUGUGGAGCGAGGGUAGUACCGUGGAGGAAGUGCUGCUGGAAUGGGAGGAUGAUGGUGGAGCUGCUCCGACUUGGGAACCGGUUACGAUGGUGCAGAGGAGAUUCCCAGGGCUGCUCCUUGAGGACAAGGAGGUUGUUAAGGAGGGGAGAGUUGAUACGGUGCAACCUUCCGCGAGGCUAAAGGAGACGAGGCCAGAGCAUCUGAUGGAAGAACCGGACUUCGACACGUCGGAGAAGGUCGACAAGGAACUGGAUAGAACGAUCGCGAGGGAUCGCCCACGACGACAGAGGCGGCCGCCGGAGCAUCUGGCGAACUUCUCCACCGGCCGAAAGUGA